CUGGCGUAGCACGCCGCCUCGAACAGCUCUCUGUCACUCACUUCCAACGUUCGCGUAAAUGAUUCCAGCCAUGCCGCCCUUGUCCGAGUUGUAAUCCUUAUUAAUUAUUACUAUUCUGUUGCUGCUUUAUGCUAAGGAGUCAUUAAUAUUCGAAACAAUUCAGGACCCGUAAGCGACUUUCUGAGAGUUCGUGAUAGUUGUUAUAAAAUACAGAGUGAUUUAAAAAUUCAAAGUUAUACCAGUUUUGUUCGAAGAUGUCUAUCGAUUCAAGUGGAAAGGAUUACCCGUGUAUCGAUUAUAUUAUUUAGCAGAACAACAUACAAAUAAUAAUAAAUAAAAAUGUCCGCCUCAGAAGCAGAUGGAGGAGCAGUAGUGGCAUACUGUAUGCCCGCAGGGCCAAAUUUUCAAAGGGUGUAUGUCAAAGUACAUGGAUAUAUAGCACUAAUAAUUUGUUUGCUUGGCUCAGUGGCAAAUUCAGUAAACAUCGCGGUACUCAGCCGAAAAGAAAUGAUGUCAUCAACAAAUUCUAUUCUGACCGCACUCGCCGUGGCCGAUCUUCUAGUAAUGCUCGACUAUAUACCUCUAGCACUUCAUAUUUAUACAAACAUUGCAGACGAGCUCAACCGUAACUCCUACGCCUGGGCGCUAUUUGUGUAUUUUCAUUCCAUAUUCAGUCAGACAUUUCAUACCAUUUCAAUCUGGUUAACAAUAACGCUGGCUAUUUGGAGAUUCGUAGCUAUAAAGUUUCCACAGAAAAAUAAAACGCUUUGCAAUAGAAGAAAUACGAACAUUGCGAUAGCUGUGGCUUAUGUUGUUUGCCCAAUAGUGUGUCUUCCUAUUUACUUUGCUAUGGAUAUACAGGAGAUAACAAAAUCACAUACUGAAAGUGACAAUACGACAAUGAAUGGCACAGAUUUCCUAAACAAAUCAUCAAUCAAAGAACCAAUGUAUGCGAUAUCUAUGACCAAUAAUCAAAAUUUAUUGACGGCUAUAUUUUGGAUUUACAGUGUUUUCCUAAAACUAAUACCGUGUGUUGUUCUAUCUAUAUUGAGUGUGUGUCUCAUAUUGAAAAUGAAAUCCAGCGACAGAAGAAGACAAAAAUUACUGAAAAAAUCAGCAGUCGCGACGAAUGAGGGUGAGAAGACGCGUCUUCACGAGGAGGGGAAGCGUGGCGGUCGCACCGAUCGAACGACUAGGAUGCUGGUAGCAUUGCUAGGCUUGUUCCUAGCAACAGAAUUGCCGCAAGCUUUAUUCGGACUACUCACAGCCAUCGCACCUCACUUAUUCGAAAUAUGCUAUUACGCUUUUGGCGAGGUGAUGGAUUUGAUGGCGCUGGUGGGGUCGGCUGUUAACUUUGUGUUGUAUUGCAGUAUGAGUCGUCAGUUUCGUUCGACAUUUAGGCGGCUGGCGAGUAAACUGUUGCCUUUAUCCGUAGAACGUGAUAAUGAGCCAGUGACCACAACCACAACUGUCAAAGCGUAGCGAUCGCGACACGCAGCACAAUCUGCUGCGGAACUUUAGAAUAGCUGUCAAAUUGAAUUUCCAGUGUAAAGAUGUAUUCGUAUUACUAGUAUUACAUUUUUUAAUCACUAGAUCUUGUAUACGUUACGUAAGAAAAUUAACUUUUUAAGAAUAAUGUUAGAAAAAACUGAAUACUUAUACAACAUACGUUUUAUAAAGUUAAACGUAUUCGCAUUCUUCUGUUUACGACGGCUGUCAUAUGUUAUAAAAAGAGUGUAUUAUUUUACUCAACAAAGAAAAGCAAAAUCUCUUUUUGAAAAGUUCCUUGUUUUGGAGAUCCCGUUUUUUUUAAUUGAAGCAAACUGACUUCAUUUACUAAAGUAGAAUGAAAAUUAUUCCAUUACGUCAUGUAUGUACAUUCAUGAUGCGCAUUUGACAUGGGACCUUAAUUUUUUUAUUAAUCUAUCAGAAAUUUUCUCCGUUUUCAAAUAACCGACGAAGAUGACUCAAAAAUUUCAAUACUACUAAUGUUUCCUCAUAAUAUUUAUCCGGAACAUGUAGUGUUCCACUUUAAGAAAAUCAUUUUUAAGACAUAUAUUUCUAUUGGGUAAAUAGUUUCUUUAAAAAAAUCAAAGAAAAGGAAGUCUAAAGUAAUAGUGAAUAUGAUGAAUUUGUUAUUAAUAACUUUAUUGCGAAGUAAUUACGUUCUCGAACAGUUUAAAAUUGUGGAAAAGAGAUAAAUUCGUACAGAGUUUGUAUAAACAAACUCAACUGCCAGUCUCAUUAAAAUUUUCACAUAAUAUUUUUCUUUAAUAAAUACUUUAACUGUACGCUGUUAAGUAUAACGACACAAUUUCAACUAAUUAAUGCUUUAGAUGAAAAUGCUUAUCAGCAUCAACGAGAGCACUUUUGAACUGACAUUUACAAUUAAUGUCUUCACAAGUUUGACGGUGAUGAUAGACGAAAACAAUUAAAAAGGACGAAAUGGUGCUUUACGAUUAUUGAUAAAUGUACGAAAAUAUAUAACUUAUAAGACCUUUAGGUUCUGUUAGGAAAAUUAUAAAAGUUAUAACUUUAGUCAUAAAUGAAAUGUCUGUUAUAAUAUAAUAUAAACUUUAUAGAUGGCGUUGGAUGUGUUUUGAGUCUACCCAGAACAAUUUUGUUGAUUGACAUGUAGCUAGUAAUUAGCUAUUUAUUGUUUGCUAUCAAUAGGCGAUGUCAAUACCCGCUUGAUUGACGACAUAUUAUACAUUAAAUUAUUAUCAUAUUAAUUUUAUUAGAUGUAGUUGUAGGAAAAUAUGUAUAUGGUUAUUU